CGCGGACCAUUCGUCCGCUUCCCGCGAUGAAUCCGCGCGCAUUCAUGAAUUACGUUCAGUUCCAAAAAUACAAUGCUCCCGUCACGUUUCUGCUUACCGUAUUAUGAGACGAGCGUCGGCUCAUUCUACGCGCGCGUGUUGGAGCACAUUAAUUUUUUUUUGUCAUGCAUACAAGUGAAGAUCGAACACAAAUCGAAUUUGGUUUCAUCUUUAUAUUUUAUAUUUUCUGAUCACAUGAAGGGUUGCGUUCGUUCUACGGUUUCGGCGCUCCAACCGCGGCAAACCAGUGAGAGGAAGCGGAAGCUGAAAGUAGCGAGCAUGCGAGCCGAUAGAGUCGGUCGACAAUGUCGACGCUCCGAUCGAUCGGAAUUCGCGCGUGUCGACUGAGACGUUUCGGAUCGAACAUUGUCAGGUCGGUUAGUAAUUCCAAACAGACGGCGAGGAGAAAGAGAACGAGAGAAUGAAGAGGAGGAAGAGAGAGAGAGAGAGAGAGAACGGCAGAUCGAGAGUGGAAGGGAGAGAGGAGACUGCUGGGCGCACGCACGCGCGCGCACACGCUAGCGACGCGGAGCGGACGUGCGGAGCGGAGGCCCGAGACGCGGCAGCGGCACGGACAAUAUGCGUCGACGACCGGCGACGCCGUCGCACAUGCGCGUCCUGACGCGCCCCUGUUCGUUCACCGAUUUCGAUUUUAGUCACUCCCGGGUUCGGCUUCGGAGAAAAUCGUCCCGCUCUGCGGCAUAGCGCGCGCGCGGUCAGCCACGGGGGCCACCACCCAAUUCGUGUCGCAAUCACUAAAACUACGCUAACGAUCUCUCGUAGAGUCUGAGGACCGGCGCGCGAUAUAUCGGGAUAUAUAGGUGCCGUCGAAGGGUGGCGCGUGGCCGAUAAUCUUCGCCAGGUGAUCUCACGAGGAUAAAGUACGAGAACGCUGAACGAGCAAGAAGAGGGAGAGCAAAAGAGACAGAGAGACAGACAGAGAGAGAGAGAGAGAGAGAGAGAGAGAGAGAGAGAGAAAGAGAAGUAGGCGCGAGCGCGGGACGGACACGCGCGACCGUCGAUCUCUCCACGGAUUCGACGAUUGUCUCGUUCUAUCGUCAUCGUCAUCGUCGUCGUCGUCGUCAAAGCCGCGGGAAACGACCGUCCAGUCCGAUCGUUCGGCGAGCAACACGCCGUGGCAUUAUCGCGACGAGUAAAACCGGAGGAACACUCGGAGAGUUUCAGAGAGGCGAGGGACGCGUCGAACCCGUACACCGAACAUCGUCAACCUGCGGCGCAGCGGUAUCAAAGAGCGUAACGUCGCGACGACGACGACGACCUCCACGGCGAAUAUCAGGAGGAGCCUGGCGAUGAAGCAGGAACCGGAGGACGAGGAAGACUGUUAUCUCGACGAGUCAAGCAUGCCGGCUGCGUCAACGACACCGCCACCGCUGGCGACGGCAUUACCACCGACGUCGUCCUCGUCAUCAUCGUCUGGCCGGCACGGAAGCGUCACGCACCGCGUGCGCUCCCACGCGCGCAGCCUACGUGCCAUGGCGAACCCCAGCGCGGUCUGGGCACACUUUGAUCUAUGCGCCAACGAUCCGUUGCGCGCCCAGUGCCGGAUCUGCGGGGCGGUCGUCGUCAGAGGCGGUGCAAAUCCGCGCCAGUGCGGCACGACAAAUCUCCACCGGCAUCUCAGGGUACAUCACGGGGGCAGACUGAUCGGCAGACGUUAUCAUGUUUUACAGUCAACGUCUCAGGGCAGUACAAGUACGAAAGCUAUAAGGAUUGCAACGCAAACCUUAGUGAGACCUCACAUUCGUAACAUUGCACCAGCACCGCUACCUCAGCAACAGCAGUCACAGCAGCAGCAGCAACAACGGCAACCAAAGACUCUCGUAUUAAAAACUAUUCCGUUGAAAGUGAAACAAGUUGCACCUACGACUAUCAAAAUGUCACCGCGACAAACUAAUCAAGGAUCCCACAAUGUCGUGCAUCAGCAACCUACAGAAGUUUGCCUAAGGUGGAACAGUUACCAUAGUAAUAUGCAGAAUAGCUUCCCGUCGUUACUGGACACGGAACAGUUUGUCGAUGUGACCCUGGCGUGUGAAGGGCGGUCUUUGAAAUGUCAUAAAAUGAUUUUAUCUUCCUGCAGCGACUACCUGGCAGAUUUAUUACGGGAGAAUCCAUGUCAACAUCCUAUUAUUCUAAUGAAGGAUUUGAAAUUUUGGGAAGUGGAGGCAUUGGUUAAAUUCAUGUACCGCGGAGAAGUCAACGUCGCUCACGAUAAAUUACCGCAACUAUUGAAUGCCGCCGAAGCGUUACAAGUGAAGGGACUAGCCGGUCCGAGUCCCUCGUCUCAAAACACAAAAUCACCGUUACUUAUACCUCAAACGAAGCCAUUGUCGUCUCAACAUGUAGUUCCUAGAGGUACCACCGAAUCCAAAGAGAAUAAAACAUCACCUUCAAGGGUGUCUAUGUCUUCUAGUCCUAAGCGUGCGCAAAAGCGACAACAGUCCGAAUCUGUAGAGCCAAGACCUUUUACCAAAAUACGUCUGCAGCGACCCAUCACGCCAACGUCUCCGUGCGCGACUGUAAAGCUGGAGCCUUUAGAUAUACCUCUUAGCCCGACGGAGAUAUUCUCGGAGAAUAACGAAGUCACAGCUUCCUCAGACUUUGAAAAACUUAUGAGUUUGCACGAGGAAGAUGACCCAGGUGGCGAGGAAAUUAACGACGGAGAUGAGAGGCUACAUUUUUGUGAACUGCCAGCUCCACCAGAUUUAAAUGAUAAUGAAGACCAAAUGGAGUUUGUACCUACAGAUUUUCUAGAGCAACAGCAAGACAUUGUCGAAGAACCAGAAUUAAGUUGUAAUAAAGAUAAUAAUAAAAAAGAGUCUGUUGAUUAUGUUUCUACUGACAUUGAUGAGGACAACGAAAUCGAGCAUAAUGAGAAACAGUCCUCGAGAGAAAAGAAAGUGACAUAGUAAAAUAAGAUAUAGAGAUAUCUUAUAAUCUAUGUAAUAAUUGGAUUAUACUACAAAUUUCAAUGGAAACUAGUGUAAGAAUACCAAUUUGUUCUUUUUUUAACUCUCAAGCGAAAAAAUACAUUAUAACGACAAACUGAAUCAGAGUCAUCAUAUGAGAACCAAGAACCAAAAUAGAUUGUUAUUUUUGGAAUCUAUUAAGAAUACUUCAGAAAAUUUUUCUUUAAUUUCGCUGUUGUAAUCAUGAGAUCUCCAAUCGAAGAUUAAAUCUUACUAUGUAGAGUUUGGAGAAUUUCGAAGAAGGUACAAUACAUUAGAUAUUUCCGCUAGUCGAACGCGUAUUUUUUCUCGCAAUAUGUAUAUUUAUUUAAAUAUCUACAUGUAUUA